UGCCCGCUGAGCCACUUCCAGUGGCAGAGCGUGUGCGCGGGAGAAGGGGCGCAGGGCUGCUACGUCCCCGCCCGCUGCUUCUCCGCGGAGAAGUUCUGCAGGCACUUCCAUCACCCGAACAGAAGCCUGCUCCCGCUCUUUGCCGUCAUGAACGGGAACGACUACGCUGACCUGGCAGCUCUCGAGGUGUUCUUCAGCAAGGUGCGCUUGCCGCGGGGGUGCGCGGCGGGGAAGCAGGGGAAGCACGUCCGCCUUCAGGGGCUUCUGAACUGGCUGGGGCCGUUUGCUGAGCCCAGCGAGGCUGUCGACAACGUGCUCAAACACCUCCAGAAGCACCAGAGAGAAGAAAUAAGGGAGCUUCUGUGCACUUCAAUGGAGGAUUAUACUCCGUCUGACGUGAAUCUCGAGGACUUUUUUCAGAAUGGGAAGUACGAAUGUGAGGCAGCCAGGAAAGCAGGCUUGCCCCGGUGGGUACUCGAUGCUUUGGCAAAAGGUAAGCUGGCCCCAUUCAUCAGCGAUGCCCUGAUACUAAGAAGUACCUUCCUCCAUGUUCAGGUGGAGAACAUGCAGAGACCUAGCGCGCAUAGCACAGCUUUGCCCAUUCGACAAGUUAUCUAUGGACUGCUUCUGAAAGUAUCUCAAAAUACUGAAGCUGCUUCUCCAAGUAAGCAGACCAACGAGCUGCCAGUUGUAUGUGAAUUUGACAGACUCCAAAAGACACUUAAAAAAACAUUUGUUCAAGCAGCAAGCCUACCCACAGAUUUUUGUGAUGGUCAUUUUCCUUUGGACAAGUUAAUGGAGGUGCCCAUGUCAUGCCGUCAGAUGCUUUUGCUGGAGACUCUAGGAGUGAAAAUGAGUUUCCUAGAAUCUAUCCCCAGUCACUUACAACUCCCUGUUGCUGUAACAUGUUACUGGAUAUGUUACUCAGAACCAAAAGUUAAGUUGCAUCAAUUAAAGGCUUUACUUCUAAUGAUGGUAUCUGGAGAACUGCACAGAAUAACAAAUGAUCCAGGCUUUACAAUGGAACCCUUGUGCACAGACUGUAUCAAGAGCUUAAAUCAACACCUUCAGUGGAAAAUCUGUUUAGUUCAUCUCCAAAGAUGA